CCGGGCCUUUUUUUGAAUCUGUAGCGCAACAUAGGGUCGCUCAAGUCAUCCUGAAGGUCGAAGAUCGCCAUCGCACUGCUCCAGCGCCGACGGCUGCGAGACAGACCGAGAAACCGGCCCGCAAACAACCGGAGAGCCCAAGCCGCGCGAACGCUGCCUGAGCCGACUGUCACGCAAGGAAUCAGCCAUGCCGCGCCGCAAGGGUGAUGACCUAGACGAUUUCAUCGUCCCGGACGACGAAGUCGAGGAGUCCGAGGACAGCGACGCCGCGUCGUCGUCGGACGACGACGACGCGCCGCCGCGCCUCUGCGAGAAGGAGUCCUCGUCCUCAGAAGACGAGGCGCCGCGCCGACGGAAAGCGCCUAUUUCGAGACGCGCCGUCCAAUCCUCGUCGUCGGAGUCGGAGGACGAUAGCGACGACGACGGUGGUAUUCCCGCGGGCUACCUGUACUGCGCGCUCUGUGCGAAACCUGUGGUGGCGGACAGCUUCAGCGCGAAGCAGAAGAAGCUUUAUAACCAAGGCGAGGAGGCUUAUUGCUUACUUCAUUCGCAGGGCGACCACCGCUUGUACAUCGAACAGCUCGAGUUGACGGCAGCUCGAAAUGUGGACGGAGAGGACGAGUGCGAGGUCGAAACUUCUCAGCAGCGGUCGAAGCGCACGUUCAAGGCGUCUAUAAGGGACGAGCAGCAAGGCAAGUGGUACACGCGGCCUCGGGCCGAGGAACGCCAGGCGCAGCUCGUCGAUCUCGACGAGGCCGAGCAGUACCGGAGGGACCGGCAGGAGUGCGGUGGUAGACGUAGCUUCGGCGGCGCGAACGCGUCUCAACAAAGACUGCAGGAGAUGAUCUCGCGGAUCGAAGAGGAAGAGGCGUCUUCAUCAGAUUCGUCGCUCGAGGUCCUGCCGCCCAAGAGGCCUCCCAAGAAGCCGCGGCCCUCGACGUCCAAGAAGCGGCGCGGCGACGACGACGUGAAGCCGGUCAAGCCCGCGGCGCGGCGCCGCACCAUCGCGGAGAGCUCGGACGACGAGGGACCGCCGCCCGUGAAACCGGCGGCGCGGCGGCGCACGAUCGCGGAGAGCAGCGACGACGACGACGACGACGCCAUCCUACAAAGCUUCGUGGCCUCGGGCCAGAAGUCGCGACGGCGCUCGGCGGAGCUGGGCAUCACUAAGCCCAAAAAGCGCCGGCGAGUCAUCGCGGACGAGGACGACGACGUGAUAGAGAUCGAGUAAGUACAGAAAUGGGA